UCCACUGGAAACUCCGAGUUAUCCCUCGGCGUGAUGGGCGUACCUUCGUGUUUGUGCAUCACAGAGGAGUAAGGUGAGGGACGGGGUCAGAGCCCCAUAAAUACUUGGUGCGGCGGAGGCUGUGGAUGGACCCUGGAGGAGUAAAUACAGCUGGAGGAAGUUUGCGCACUGGACACGAGCGGAGACUUCUCUGCACGCUGAUCCCUCACUUGGAGAAGGGCUGAACAGAAAAAGAAAAAGAAGCCUCCUCAGUUACCAUCGUGACAGUUGUGGUGCCUCUGUCUAAUAUGGGAAGUAUAUGAUUCCUUAUUGGCAGAGAUAGCACUUAUCUGUUUUGUCUCACGGAGUGCGAUGUAGUUCAACUUCACGUGCCAAAGUGAACUGUGAGUCAAGAUGACAGCGCGUACUCCUCUGAGCCGAGCCGUACUGGGACUGGCGUGGAGCUGCUUGAGCUUUCUGUCCUGCGCUCAUUGCGGGUUAAGUGACAACCAUGUGCACUCCAGUUUUAUUUACAGGAGGUUGCGCAAUCACGAACGCAGGGAGAUCCAGAGAGAGAUCCUCUCCAUCCUGGGCUUGCCUCACCGUCCGAGGCCCUUCUCUCCCGGGAAGCAGGCGUCCUCCGCGCCGCUGUUCAUGCUCGACCUGUACAACGCCAUGACCGUGGAGGAGGAGGAGGAGGGGAUGCCGCAGCUGGGCGCCGGGAAGAGCUUCAGUGCCAAGGCUCAAGGGCACUCCAGGAAAGCGUACUACAGCCCCCAGCAUGCCGGGUACUCUCGCGUGGCACAGCCGUACCGAGCGGCCCCUCUGCUGGGCCACAGGCCCGCGCUCACCACAGCGCAAGACACCAACUUUCUCAAUGAUGCCGACAUGGUGAUGAGUUUUGUCAAUUUAGUGGAGAAAGAUAAAGAUUUUUCGCACCAACGAAGACACUACAAGGAAUUCCGUUUUGAUCUGACUCAGAUCCCGGAAGGAGAGACGGUGACUGCUGCAGAGUUUCGGAUCUAUAAGGACCGCAGUCAUGCCCGCUAUGACAAUGUUACUCUGAAGGUCACCAUAUAUCAAGUCAUCAAGGAAUAUCAAAACAACGAUGCAGAGACGUUCUUGCUCGACUCCAAAAAGGUCCAGGCAUCCGAUGGAGGCUGGUUAGUGUUCGACAUUACGACCACCAGUAACCACUGGGUGAUGAACCCACAGCAGAACUUAGGGCUGCAGCUCUGUGUGGAGACUGCAGAUGGUCGAAGUAUCAACAUCAAAUCUGCUGGAAUCAUUGGGAGGAACGGGCCCCAGUCCAAACAGCCUUUCCUGGUUGCUUUCUUCAAGGCCAGUGGGGUGUUGCUUCGCUCUGUCAGAGCUGCUGGCGGUAAAAAAAAGAACCACAAUCGCAAUAAAUCCACUAAUCAACAAGAAGCAUCUAGGACACCAAAAACUGGAGAUUACAACACAAGUGAACAGAAGCAAGCCUGCAAGAAGCAUGAACUUUACGUCAGUUUUCGAGAUUUGGGCUGGCAGGAUUGGAUCAUCGCCCCUGAGGGCUACGCUGCCUUUUACUGUGAUGGGGAAUGCUCUUUCCCACUCAACGCACACAUGAAUGCAACAAAUCAUGCAAUUGUGCAAACGCUGGUCCAUUUAAUGUUUCCUGACAACGUGCCAAAGCCAUGCUGCGCCCCGACCAAGCUCAACGCAAUAUCAGUGCUUUACUUUGAUGACAGCUCAAACGUCAUCCUCAAGAAAUACAGAAAUAUGGUAGUUAGGUCUUGUGGUUGCCAUUAGUGACCUAGCUAACUUUCAUUUUAUAUUUAUGUGAUCUGGUAUGGGAAUCGCUGGAAAACACAUCUAUUGCAGGUGUGAUGUGAUGUACAGUAUUAUGUAUAUAAAGUUGUAUUACCUAAUUUAUUUUCUUUUUUUCUAAAAUAGCACUGAAUAUUGUGAUAUUUAAAUGAUUAGGACAAAAUGUUGAUUUUACUAUACGUCAGUUCUCAGUUACCUUUUGUGUCCAUUGGCAUAUACUCCCUCUUAGCUACAUCUUUAUGAUAACUUUCAUGAGUUAACUAUUCACUGGAGUCAUCAUAAUGUAAAAGGUCGCCUCCCCUUCUGCUUCCUUUUCUCUUUUUACAAUAAGUUUGUGCUGUCAAUACCCACUGAGCUAAAAUUAUACAUGGAGUCAUGUAAAAUGUCAAUGUUAAAUUAGUCUUAGUUUUAUUAUGGAUCCACUAUUAUUAUGACAGAAUAAUGUAGCAUUACAAGUGAAAUAAAUAAACAACAGAGCCAAAAGAUGAUGCAAUUAGCACUCACAUCACAACUUCAACAGGCUGUUGGAAAUAUUGUAAAUCAAAUUGGAUGAUGAGAGAGUGAUCUCUAAUGUGAACCAAACUGCCCAGAGCUAUUUUCAAGCCACCACUGUCUUUCAGCACUGAUACUGUUUCGCCUUUUCCAAGCCAGAUUUUUUUGUUUUUUAUAAAAGAGUGUUCACAGACGGAGAUUAUGUCAGUCUGGAAUGAAACACUCAUAUUGUUGAGUGGUUCACUUAUGAAUGCUUUGCAAUUUGUCAUUUUUUAAAACAAUGGUUAUGUUAAUAUCUUUUAUAAACACUGUUUCUUCUCAUUCUUCUGUGGGCAGGCUGCAAAUGUAUUUGCGCCACUCUAAUUCUAUCUUAUGUUUGGGGAAAGUAUAUCUUCCUGUAGAGUGCUGUGUAUUUUAAUAAAUGUACCACUUGAAAACUCUC